GCCCUCUUUGACUCACUCUCUCAGUCACUCAUCUGUCUGAGUGGAGGUGACGACCCCGAUGGCAGCUGUCUUGGGUCCGUCGCACAGCAGCACGGGCAUCGACGGGCACACGUACUCAGGCCGGCACAGAAACAAAAAGUUUAUGUGCGCUGUCUCACCAGUCCUGAACGAACAAUCAUUCAAUCAAGCAAUGAAUCACACCACACAGACCGGUGAGUACACAGGGGCCUUUUCUGUCUCUUCAAUGUCGGCUCCCUCCCUCCCUCUAUCCCUUGUUUCUUCGUUUGUUGCGCACCUGACGCAUUGGGAAUCAGUCAGGACACCCGUCACCACCACAGUCUGAUCGAGGGCAGGAACAGACAGACAGACAGGGCCAGGCCAGGCCAGGCCAGGCAGGCCCCACACACAGCCAACACAUGCAUCCAUCCAUCCAUGAAUGAAUGUCGAUCAAACAGUCACUCAGUCAAUCGCCAAGGUAUGCAUUGCAUGCCCCCACCUGCCCCCCAACCGACCCUUUUGCCCACCCACCUGUCUGAUGGAGUGUAGGUGUACGACAUAUUCUUUCUUGGGUCUGAUGCCGCAGCCCUGUUCGAUGACGGUCAUGACGGCCUGGAAGGUAUAGACGGGCCGCGGCGGGUCGUGGUUCCACUGUGUCAGGUUGAAGGCAAACAUACCCGCACGCAGCGCACUGCGACUCGACGACCGCCGCCGCAGACUCCUGUCGUCCUCACCACCCUGGUAAUGGUCCUCCGACAAACCAUCAUCCCAAUCGUCAUCCGAGUCCAAACUGCUGCCGGUGCUGCCCUUGGACUUCCGCUUGCCCUCCUUGCCGCUCCUCGACGGAUCUCGCCACGCACGCCGGCUGGUGGUGGGCGGUGGGGGGCUCGAGUCGGGCACUUGAAGCAUCUUGGGAGACGAUGGCGGGGGCCCCUCGUCGGGCCGGCCGGCGGAUGGGGAUGCCGCAGCAGGACCGCUGACCUCUGGUCGACGGGGUGAGCCGGCGGUGUGUUGCUUGGCCCUCCCAGCCGGCUGCCGACGGUCGACGUCUUGGUCUUGUUCUAAGGGGGCUGGUGAGGGAGAGUCAUCGGGCUGGGCCCCGUCGAGCGGCAUGAGAGGGGGUGAGUCUGGCUCGGGUAGGGUGAGAGCCAGGGGGGUGUAGGCCAUGCGCCAGUUGCCCCCAGACUGGUGCCGCCGCGACGCCCCCUCCUUGAAGACGUUGGGUGACGACGGCUGGCUGGACGCCUGGCCUCGCUGCGGGAAGCCGGCGGCGUGCAGGGGGCUCUCGGAUGAUGGGCCGAUGGCUAGCUCACGGCCGUUGGGCUGCUGUGACGCGACGACAUUCAUGGCCGUCAUGGCUGCCAGGAAGCCGCGAUUGAUGCUCACACCUCCAUCAGAUGGCGGGGGUGAAGACACUGCGCGCCCAAUGGGAGCCGGUGCUGCCGCAGCCGGGGGAACACUCUUUCCCUCGAUGUCGUCCUUGUUUGCCGCGUCGGGAGGCGCUGCUUCUUCCUUGGGCUCAGCCGGCAUUGUUGGUUGAGUUGGCUCUUGAGUGGGUGUGUCUGGUUGCUGUGCCGACUGCGGCGUGGCAUCGGAAUGGCCGACAAAGGGAAACGACACCACCGACUCGCCGCCGUCCGUAAACUCGAUGGCAAAGGAACUGAUUGAGACAGCACAGCCACAGGGAACAAUCCAUGAUCCACUGCCAGGCCUGCCUCUUCCUUCGGUUCACGCAUCAGUUGUGUCUGUGUGUACCCUACCACUUCUGCCCAGCGUAGGUCGUAUCGACAGGCACUCUGCAAGCCAAAAGAAUGUACGUACGAAUGACACAGAGGAUGGGCGGUGUGUGUGUGUGCAUGCAGUAUCUAUCUAUCUCGUAACAUCUGCUGCUUCCCUCUAGCUCCUUCCUCGAGUUAGUAAGUGAGUGAGUGACUGGUUGGUUCAACCGACCUGUUGACGUGGAUGGAUUUGACGAGUAUGGGUACCCAGUGGUGAGGUCCACACCGCUCCACAAACGACAGAGGGGACAGACGCGGCGACUGGGACGCAGACGGACGCUUGCCCUUCCGGCCAGUGCUGGGCGGCGGGGGGGCACUUCCUGCUCCUGUUGCUGCUGCUGCUGGUGGUGGUGGUGUCUCGUCUUGUUGCUGUUGUUGUGUGUGUUCGUCGGUCUUGGGUCGGUCGUCGAGCUCAUCGUGGAGCGCCGUGAACUCAGAGUGGGUGAACGGACCGCAGUGCAAUAUGUCCUCUGAAAGCAGAGGAGAGAGAGAGGAGAAGAUUGAAGUAUGUACGUACGUCCGUGGCUCAGGUAGGUGUGGGGCAUCCAUCCAUCUGCACCGGUGGUUACUGUGCUUACGUUUUGACACACUGCCGGUGAGCAGCAGCCCGCCUAUGACGAUACCACUCACACCUGAGGGAGACCACACGCCAGCCAACGGACCAACGUCACACAUGUUAUGGGACGAUAGAUACGAGUGAGGGAGUGACGUGACCCAGCCGCUGGCUCCAGCGGCUGCCCCCUCGGUGACUGACUGACUGACUGACCGUGCACAUUGGGGUAUAUUUCGUCAAUGAGGAACUGGGCUGGGUGGGCACGGCGCCUCUGCCACUCAACCGACGGGGGCACCACACGCAAGAAAUUGCGGAACAAGUCAACCCCAGUGCCAUCCACACACGAUAUCUGACACACACGCAGACGGCAGACACAGAGACUCGUCCUCCCUCAGUCCACAUCUGUUUGUUUCCCAGGGCAUGUGUGUGUGUCUUAUCUUACGCACCCACCCGGAAGACCGGAAUGCAGUGAGGGUUGAGUGUGAGCUUGAUGUCCCGAUUGCCGCCGCCCGUGUUGUCCCCCCGUUUGCGGUGUUUGUUGACUACCAGAGGCGAUGCCGCCCUGGCAUUGGCCGUCGGGGACGGCGGGUGUCCGUUGAGGAGCUGCUCGGCCGAGGGUGAGAGGGGCAGGGUGGGGUGGCCGCCGGGCACGAUACCGCUCACGGCCAUCAAGGGGCUGGGGUGGGACGCGCCGGGGGGGCCGCGCGGUGGCGCUGUGGUGGUGGCGGAUGAGCUCACUGACAGCUUCCGCAGCACCGAACUCAGCUGGGUUGACGACCGAACGUCAUACGGCGUCAACCCCUCGGCUCUCAGCAGCACAUGCACCUGCAGACAUUGUCACACACGCGCGUCUGUCCUGCAUUGCAUGCACACAAGGCGGGGCGGCGAUCUGUGUGUAUCCGUGUGCACCUUUUUGACGGCAGCGGCGAGUUGUUGGUCGGUGAGUCUGUCGACCUUGGUGAUUCCAACGAUGAGGGGGCACUUGAGGGAGCGGGCCAUCCGCACGUACGACUGGUUGACAUCCUUGAUCAUGCCACUGCCCGAUGAGGGAUGCUCCGGCUCAUUACCCCCACCUGGGGCAGCGGCGGAUGGUGGGGGCCCCUCUUCGCCCUCGGUGUGAGCGUCGGCCGUUCCGCUGGUGACAAGGGCCUCGGCCGAGAUGACCAACAGCAAAUAAUCGGGGCUCUGACUCAACACACCUGCACACACACGCGCGGGCGACGUGUGUGUAUGAUGGAGAGGUCAUCCAUCCAUCCGUCCGUCCAUUCCAUUCGGUUCCAGUCAGUGCGUCCCACCCACCUUUGAGUGUGGUUUUGGAGUAUUUUUGGUGUCCGGCCAGGUCGAUGAGUGUGAGUAGCUUGGCCGAGUCGUGGAUGAUGUCGUCCUCACUCAUGGAACGCAACUUGGACGAACAAUUCACCAGCCGACCUGCACACACAUGUUGGUUGGGAAACCCACACAUGGAUGGAUGAUCCAUGCCAACAAGAGGGCCCACCGCAGCAUAAUCCGAUAUUGUUUGUUAUCAUCUCUUCUGCGUGUGUGUCUUGCCUUGCCCGUGUGCAGUGCACGUGUCUACAUGUGUAUGCCUGCGCACCUUGGUAGUCGAAUCCGAUGAGGUGUGAACUGAUGGAUGAGGUCCGCCCGUGCAGCACCUCGUGACGAUGACGAUACACACGAACCUUACCCCUGUGCACACACACCACAUCAUAACAUAACACAACACCAACACACACUUUCUCUCUCCGGAUGCUCUGCGUAGGCCGAGUGUGUGUGUGUGUGUGUGUGUGUGUAUGUGUGUGUACCUGCCGUUGUCGAGCAUGUUGCUGGUGAGCACCCCCACCAGGGUGCUCUUGCCGGCCUGGGAGUCACCGACGACUGCCAGCCGUAUGUCGACUCCUUGCACUGCGCUCGUGUGGUGCCACUGAAUAUGCACAUCAGCGAUCUGAGCAGCCAGCACACACAGGUAGGAAAGACAUAUAUGCAGCGCCAUCCAUCAUACUUACGGGAGGCAGUCAGUGUCCAUGUUAUGUAUGUAAUUGUGUAUGUGUGUAUGCGUGCAAUGCAUUGUAUGGUGUGUCUGUCCGCACCUUUCCCUCGGCCCCCUGGGUACAGCUGCGGAUUUCAAAAUCGGCAUUCAGCUGAUGGGCCAUCUAUACGCAGGUUGGCACACAGACACACAGGCACACAGACAGACGAUGUCGGCGACCAUCCAUCCGUCCAUCCGUCCGUCCAUCAUCCACCUCUCUGUGUGCGUGUGAUUUCACUGCGCUCUCUCUGGUUACCUGUUGUAUGGUUGCGAGUGUUUCCUGCAGGUCCUUGUCGCUGAGCCCCUUUGGGUAGCCGUUGUCCUCCACACCCACCUUGUAAAAGGCCUCACCAUUGCCCUCCUCCAACCGAUACUGGGGGUGGUGUGGUUCACACACACAUAACACACAGCCACACAGACAUAAUCAAUUGAUCGACACCGCCUCUCUGUCUGUCUGUCUGUCUGUCAGUCUAUCUGGCUGACCUUCAUUUGUGUGGUGAGGUGCUGGAAUCUUAGAUCCGACACAUUGCAGAGGCGCCACUUGUAUUCUGUGUCCCCUUCAUCCUCUUCUGGCGCCAGCACACCGCUGCCCGACUCAUCAACAGCUGCAGCAUCACCAGACAUCCCCGCGAAAUUGUCAACCAACCAACACUGAUGUCAGCCAAUGCGGCAAGAUCUACAUCGCCGGACUCAUCGACACGCCCUCUGCAGGGGGGUGGCCGAGGAACG